AUUUUUUAAUCUCAAUUUCUACUCAAGAUAGAAAAAGCAGAGAGAGAGAGAGAGAGAGAGAGAGGCAGAGAGUCAAGAUAAAUAAGAAGACAAAGAUUGGUGUCCUCUGUAGCACGUGAUCUCCCUCUCUCCGUCGCAUCGCCGCUGGUGUGCGUUAGGUGUCUGCAAGAAGAAGAAGAAGAAGAAUGGAGAAGAUAACGGGGCUUCUCAAAAUUCGGGUUAAGCGAGGCAUCGACCUCGUCGUCCGCGACAUCCUUACAAGCGAUCCUUACGUUGUCAUCUCCAUGGCUGAUCAGAAAUGUCAGACACGGGUGGUGAAAAACAAUUGCAACCCAGAAUGGAACGAUGAGCUGACUCUUUCCAUAACAGGCCCCAGUGUUCCAAUCAAUCUAGCUGUUUACGACAAGGACACCCUCACCGCGGACGACAAAAUGGGAGAGGCCAAGAUCGACGUCCAGCCUUACUUGGAUGUCAUAAAGAAGCGGCUGGAGAACCUCCCGACCCCCACCAUUAUCGCCCGAAUCCAGCCUUCCGGGGACAACUGCCUGGCCGAGGAGAGCUCGAUCGUGUGGAAAGACGGCAAGAUCUACCAGGACAUGGUGCUCGGGUUGCGUAAUGUCAAGCGCGGCAAGGUGGAGAUCCAGCUGGAGUGGGUCCAUGUCGCCGACAGCGCACGCCGGUGAGUCGGGUCUCCAGUGGCAAAACCUCAAAUUGUCAACCGUCACCAUUGGGUCAAAUCCUUAGACUCGAGUUGUUCUGCUUUAUAAAUAAUGUCUCAUUAGUAGAUGCUGAAUUGCAAGAAAUGUUAUCUUGUGAGUGAUCUUUUGACGAGCUAGUACUCAAUUGAAAGACUACCUGCUUUUGUGUUUGUGAAAACAUGUUUACACGGUCA